AUGUCGGACCAGUAUAACCAGGACAAAUUGAGCCAGGAUUUCAGUAAACAGAACUUGGAAGAUAAUAGCCAACAAUACCAGGGUUUCAACCCCAACACCCUGACCUUCGUUCCUCAAGGCGGCUACGCUCAAUACCAGCAGGGCGCCCAAGGCCAGUACAACCAGUACAACCAGUACCAGAACUACGGCAACAGUGGGCGUGGAGGAUACUCUGGCGGAUACGGUAGAGGCGGCUACAACAACUACAACCAAGGUGGCUACCAGCAAGGUUACAACCAGUAUCAGCAGGGAGGGUACCAGCAGGGAGGGUACCAGCAGGGAGGGUACCAGCAGGGAGGGUACCAGCAGGGAGGGUACCAACAGGGAGGUUACAAUAACUACGGAGGCUACAACUCUAACUACGGCCAGUACCAAGGAUAUGGAGAGCCUCAGCAGCCUCCUCAGCAGCAAGGCAUGUCAUUGGCUGAUUUUCAGAAAAAGCAGCAGGCUUCUGCUCCAGCUGCCGCGAAGCCCAAGAGGACAUUAAAAUUGGCUACCAGCUCGUCGGUGAAGUUGGUCAACAACACCAAGGCUGCUGCCGUCCAGGAGGAAAAAAAGGAAGAGCCCAAAGAGGAAAAGAAGGAGGAGAAGAAGCCAGAGGCUGCCAAGGACGAACCAAAGGAACAGAAGAAGGAGUCCACCCCGGCUCCUGCAGCAUCCUCUCCUAGUGUUGGUGGUAAUGCUGGGUCUUCCAAGUCUUCUGCUGCACCCUCUGCAAAUGCCUCUAAAACUGCCAGCAAGACUGCCACUCCUGCUACCCCAGUGCCUUCUGCAGAUGCUGUUGCUAGACAACAGGAGGAUGAGGUUGACGAGGAAGUUAUCAAGGAUAUGUUUGGCGGCAAAGACCAUCUUUCUAUCAUUUUUAUGGGACAUGUCGAUGCCGGUAAGAGUACCAUGGGUGGUAACAUCUUGUACUUGACUGGUGCUGUGGACAAGAGAACCGUUGACAAAUACGAGAAAGAGGCUAAGGAUGCUGGUAGACAGGGCUGGUACCUUUCUUGGGUUAUGGACACCAAUAAGGAAGAAAGAUCUGACGGUAAGACAAUUGAGGUUGGUAAGGCAUACUUCGAGACUGAAAAGAGAAGGUAUACCAUCUUGGAUGCCCCAGGACACAAGAUGUACGUUUCCGAGAUGAUUGGUGGUGCUUCACAGGCCGAUGUCGGUAUUCUCGUUAUUUCUGCCAGAAAGGGUGAGUACGAGACCGGUUUCGAAAAGGGCGGUCAGACCAGAGAACACGCUCUUUUGGCUAAGACUCAGGGUGUGAACAAGAUCGUCGUCGUGGUCAACAAGAUGGACGACCCCACCGUGGGCUGGGCUGAAGACAGAUACAAGAAUUGUACCACCAAGGUGGCUCAGUUCCUCAAGGGUAUCGGCUACCAGAAAGAUGACAUCCUUUUCAUGCCAGUUUCUGGUUACACAGGGGCUGGUCUUAAGGACAGAGUCGAUCCUAAAGAGUGCCCGUGGUACAGUGGUCCAUCUCUUUUGGAAUUCUUGGACAACAUGAAGACAGUCAAUCGUUUUGUGAAUGCUCCAUUCAUGUUGCCAGUAGCAGCCAAGAUGAAGGAUAUGGGUUGUGUUGUUGAAGGUAAGGUUGAGUCUGGUCAUGUCAAGAAGAACUCCACCUUGUUAAUGAUGCCUAACAGGACAAGCGUCGAAGUCUCGAACAUCUACAACGAGACCGAACAAGAAGUCGAAACUGCCAUGUGUGGUGAGCAGAUUCGUAUGAAGAUCAAGGGUGUCGAGGAGGAGGAUAUUGCUCCGGGUUACGUGUUGACAUCUCCAAAGAAUCCUGUGAAAACUGUCACCAAGUUUGAAGCCCAAAUUGCCAUAGUCGAGUUGAAGUCGAUUUUGUCUAACGGUUUCUCUUGUGUGAUGCACUUGCAUACUGCGGUCGAAGAGGUUCGUUUUGUCGAAUUGAAGCACAAGUUGGAGAAGGGCACGAAUAGAAAGUCCAAGAAGCCUCCAGCCUUCGCCAAGAAGGGUAUGAAGAUCAUCGCUAUCUUAGAAACCCCAGAGCCAGUGUGUGCCGAAACCUACAAUGACUACCAGCAGUUGGGUAGAUUCACAUUGAGAGACCAGGGUGUGACUAUCGCUAUUGGUAAGAUCACCAAGUUGUUGUAA